UAGAGAGUACAGAGAAAUUAUUAUCAGGAUGGCGGUGAAUGUAGGGGCAACACUUUUCCUCGCUUCUGUGGUCACUCUCCUGAUUUAUCUCAUUAAAUGGUGGAUAAAUGUAAAGAAGAAAGACUUGCCACCCGGGCCCACUCCUCUGCCAUUUCUGGGGAAUGUUCUACAGAUUAGUUCCACUGAAAUGCCACAAUCUCUGGUGAAGCUCGGUGAAAAGUACGGACCUGUGUAUACACUCUACCUGGGCAACAGUCGAGCGGUCACUCUUAUUGGCUACGAUGCUGUGAAGGAGGCCCUGGUUGAUCACAGUGAUGUGUUCAGUGACAGAGGGAAUAUAGAUCUAAUACAAUUAUUCGUUAAGGAUUUUGGGGUCAUCAUGAGCAAUGGAGAAAGAUGGAAGACAAUGCGUCGGUUUUCCCUGGCAACACUGAGAAAUUUUGGGAUGGGGAAGAGGAGUGUGGAGGAAAGGAUUCAAGAGGAAGCUCGGUGUCUCAGGGACAGAUUUAUGAAGAGCAAAGAUAAACCAAUAAACCCGACUCAUCUGCUACUACUGGCUACCUCCAAUGUCAUCUGCUCCAUUGUAUUUGGUGAAAGAUUUGACUACGAAGAUGAAAAGUUCAUGACCCUUUUGAAACUUCUUCUAGAAUUUGUGACCCUGGUGAACUCCCGAUUAGGCCAGCUUCUUAAUAUGCUCCCAACCUUAAUGAGCAAUGUACCUGGCCCCCACCAGAAAGUUUUUCAAAUUUUUGAAAAGAUUAAGGAGUUUGUGAUAGAAAUGGUGGAAACUCACAAGAAGACAUUGGAUGAGAACUGCCCCCGUGACUUUAUAGAUUGCUUCCUCAUUAAAAUGGAAGAGGAAAAGAACAACCCAAAAACGGAAUUUCAUAGGAAUAAUUUACUAGGAACAGUUAUUGACCUGUUCUUUGCUGGGACUGAGACUACAAGUGUAACACUGAGAUAUGGCUUCUUAAUACUACUCAAAUACCCUGAAAUACAAGAGAGGAUCCAUAAAGAGAUUGACAAUGUAAUAGGCAGUGAUCGCUGUCCAUCAAUGGAGGACAGAAGUAAGAUGCCAUAUACAGAUGCCGUCAUUCAUGAGAUCCAGAGAUUUGCCGAUAUUAUACCAGCAGGACUGUUCCAUGCAGCCAGCAAGGACACCACCUUCAGAGGAUAUCACAUUCCAAAGGGAACUUUGGUGCUUCCAAUCCUGACUUCAGUAUUAAAGGACCCCAAACAGUUCAAAAACCCUUACAAAUUUGACCCUGGACAUUUCCUUAAUGAGAAUGGCACCUUUAGGAAGAGUGAUGCCUUUAUGCCAUUUUCAGCAGGAAAACGUAUGUGUAUGGGGGAGGGUCUGGCACGCAUGGAACUCUUCCUCUUUUUUACAACCAUUCUGCAAAGAUUUACUCUGAAACCCACCGUGGACAGAAAGUACAUAGAUAUUACACCAGAGUGCAACGGCAAUGCUUCAACACCUUGCGAAUAUGAGAUGUUGGCUGUACCUCGCUGAGGGACCAUUGUAUAUUCUGAUGUUAUUUCAUAUCUUGUUCAUAUUUUAAGAGCAUCUAUCACUUUACAAUUUAAAGGGGUUGUAAAGGUUCAUUUUUUAUUUUCUAAAUAGGUUCCUUUAAGC